AUGUGUAUCGGGCGUGCAGUCUGCGGUCCACCGCCAAAUUCAAACAGUGAAAGAAAGAAAACACAGCAACAACAGGCAGCUGAAACUGAGACCGCAAACAAAUUCUCACAAUUUCACGGUAAACUCGGUCAGCAUGGCGUCGUCAGUGAUGGAUGGAGUUGGUAGAGCUGUGGUCGGAGUCUGGCGUGCACAUACAGUCCUAGAUGAGUCUGAUGGAGCUGAGAGCUCCCCAGAAGCCCCUGACCGUUUCCGCAAGCUUCGCUCCUCAUCUUCACUUAACUCUCUGCGAAUGUCACUGCGCAAGCGUCUCCCACUGCGUUCUGUCCAGACUAACUCCCUCCCGGAGAAUCCCACUUGUGAAACCAUGAAGGAGCAGCCAAAAUCCAGCACAGUCCGUAAACUUACUCGCAGUGCUCGCAACUCCAUCAGUGGGAUGUAUCAGAGGCUGCAGAGGACCAGAGAGUUUUCACGUGAGGAGUGUUUAGUAGAGACCCCUGGUCGCACAUGUGAUGGGGAAGAAGCUGGUGCACCGAGUUCUCGCACCCCAAGACGUACGCCUGGCCAAGCUGCAACGCCCAGACGUACCCCUAAAGCUUCAGCCACACCGGGACGUACCCCAGGUUCUAGAGGACGGAGGACUCCUGAAGCUGGUGUUCGGGGGGUGAGAACAGGAGGAGGCAGGAGGCAGCUGGUCCGCAUGGCUGCUUUACGAAGUCCAUUUGCUUCCCCCAACACGCAGAACCAGAGGCUAAAGUUUGACCGAGAUUUGGAGUCGGUGUCCAGUGGACUCAGGAGGCUCAAACAUCUAUCCAAGGCCUUUGAUGAUGUAAUCGGCAGAGAUGAUAGAACCAAUACAAGGGAACAUUGUGGAGGAGCAGUGAUGAGAAAGUUGGACCCCAGCGGUAAACUUAGUCGCUCAAACCUCACGCGUCGAGCCACGCACCUCUCAAACACACUGGGAGGUUGGGCCCACACGGCUGUGAAUACUUUUCACAAACCCAACUGAACUACAUGCAAGUGUGUAUGUAAAACACAGGACCUUCUGUAGCCUUAUUUCACAUUUAUCAUUACUUAGGUAUUACUGUUACAUUUACAUAUUGUGUUGUCAUGUUACUUGCAGACUAUUACAUGGCAGCUUGUCUCCUUUUUUAUUAUCUGUGUGAAAUUAGCAACAUCCCAACUAUCUCUUGUGUGUUUACACUUCUCAGGUUAGCUAGUUAUGGGUAAAAUAUCUCCACUGUAGCUACCAAAGGGAUUUCUGUAUUGUGGUGUAUGUACCUGUUAUAGCUGCUACAGCCAAAUGUCUUAGUUACAUUGUCAAAAAUACUAAUAUUGUAGUUUUGUAUUCCCACUCUCUGUUCAGAAAGCUGUUGCUAGUUUCUGAUAUUUAGUUAAAGAGAAACACUGCACAAGACCACAUUUGUAUCUGCAGAGCUAACACUAAAUUUACUGACAGAUGGAAAUUGCAUUUUCAUCUAUUUUAUAUGUAUGCAAUAAUGUUACUAACACUUGUUUCCUUUUUUUAUUAUUUGAUUAUGCCAAAAUAUUAAGUGUAUUUCUAUGAAAGGGGACUUUUUAUAUAUCGCUUAGGCAGAAUUUGACUGGGACUUUCUCCUUCCUUGAGGCAGAUGUCUGCACUUUUAAUGGCCUGUGGAUGAUUCAUGUGCCAAUGCUGUAUGCAUAAAUCAUUUGAUAAUGUGAUGGGAGAAGAUGUAAUGACUCAUUGCCUGAUGACAGCGAUAAUGAUGUUAUAAAGCCAUAUCCAGCAGGUUAUUAGUGUAGUGACUGUCAAACAAAUAGCCUCCAUUGAAGCAAAACGCUCUUCUCCUCUCUGUCAUUUCAAUAUAUUGGUACCCCCUUGUCUUCCGCAGUGAGAUAAAAGGUGAUAUUGUGCCUAAAUGUGAAAAAAAAAUCACAAUAAAAUCUGUGAGCUUCUU